UUGACAACACGAAUUAAAAUUUUAUACAUCGUGUAUAUUAUUUAUAGUUUAUUGAUUGAACCCUAACGAUGACAUAUAAUAAUUUAGUUCUCGUAGGUAACUGGAGCGAAGAGCGAUUAAAAAAUGAAUACGAAUUCAAGUUGUUUUUGCGCAAACGAGACAGACACGAAUUAUUGUUACAAAAAUCAAGAACACUGUUCAGUAAUCUUUUAAAAGAGAGACCUCUUGAAAUAAGUGGAAUGUUCGUGUUGUAUGGAUACAACGUUCAGUUAGUCGCUUCUGAUAUGCCAGCUAAAUCAUGCACUGCGAGUGGCACUCCACAGUAUGGGCUGGCGCUGUCGAGUCUCGUCUCCGAGAGACAGGUGGACUACAUGCAGAACAUCAACGACGGAUGUCUCAUGACCCUCUCUCCGAUCACCACGCCUUGUUGUCGAAAUACUUUUGUCAUUUUGAGCACUCAAGACGAGUCCCUACAUGGCGAAAAAAUGAACUAUGGUGAUGAGUUUUUGCUACGAGCUGUUAACUACGGCGAUCCAGAUGCGCCGCCACUGUACGUGCGCUACACGCCGGACGCGACGCCCGGUCCGGCAGACCGGAUGCCGAUCCGGCUGAGUUCCACCAAAGACAGCAACUGCCGCUGGACCACUAUGCCUUUGCUGCCUUGUGAUCGGCUCGAGGGCUUAGGCAGCCCUGUCAAGACUGGCACUCGACUCAUUGUGAAAAAUUGUGUUGCUGACAAAAGUCUGUUCGUCAUGAAUCAGAGCUGGAUGCAAACGUUUUUCGGUCCUGAAUGUGGUGUGACUUGUCGUAAUUACAUCGACAUCCACAAGAGAUACACAGCAGAGAACAUCUUUACCAUGGUCAGUGACGUGGCGACCAAGAAGCAGGGAUAAGGGCAACUCGAAAAGAAAAAUUCAACAAGAACCUACAACGAACAAUAUUCCAAAGAUUUAACUAAUUAACAAAUUGGAAUCUUCAUGUUUUGAUGUUAAACAAUGUAUAUUGCAAACAAAUUUUGAAUGAUUUUAGUUGUAUAUUAGAUUGAGUUUUCAAUAAAUUAUUAGUUUUC